GCAGAGUAAGUCCGAGCCGCUCCAGCGAAGCGCCUCUGAAGCGGAGCCCGGCGGGGCAGCCGCCGCACAGUUUUCGCGUCCUUUUCCGGGAGCUGCUGCUGCUGCUGCUGUUGCGCGCCAGGGGGCUUCACCACCGGCUCCGUCGCCCCGCUUGCUGGAGGAGCAGCUGGGAGCCGGAGCGCGGGGCACUCCAGCCCUGCAGCCGAGCGAGCGGGAGCGCGGGAGGGGAAGGAUCCCGGAUCUGGCCUCUAGGAGAAGGAUUCCACUUGUUUCCUGUGUGUCUGAUCUACAAUGAGUGCCAAAUCUGCUAUCAGCAAAGAGAUUUUUGCUCCGCAUGAUGAGCGAAUGCUGGGAGCAGUCCAAGUAAAAAGGAGAACGAAGAAAAAGAUUCCUUUCCUGGCAACUGGGGGUCAGGGUGAAUAUCUAACCUACAUCUGCUUGUCAGUGACAAACAAGAAACCUGCACAAGCAUCUAUUACAAAAGUCAAACAGUUUGAAGGUUCCACAUCUUUUGUACGAAGGUCACAGUGGAUGCUAGAACAGCUUCGCCAGGUUAAUGGAAUAGACCCUCAUCGGGAUUCUCCAGAAUUUGAUUUACUGUUUGAAAAUUCUUUUGACCAAUGGGUAGCAAGCACUGCAUCUGAAAAAUGUACAUUCUUUCAAAUUCUCCAUCAUUCCUGUCAACGGUACCUUACUGACAAAAAGCCAGAAUUUGUCAAUUGCCAGUCUAAAAUUAUUGGAGGAAACAGUAUACUACAUUCAGCAGCAGACAGUGUGACCAGCGCGGUACAGAAGGCGAGCCAGGCUUUGAAUGAGCGUGGUGAAAGGCUAGGUCGAGCAGAAGAAAAAACAGAGGAUAUGAAGAACAGUGCCCAGCAGUUUGCAGAAACUGCACACAAGCUUGCCAUGAAGCACAAGUGCUGAAAAUGCCUAAGUAGAGAUCUUUCCAAGAGGAACUGAAAAGCUAGGUUCAUCCAUUUUUACUGGAGACACAACUCAUGUCUGCUUCCCACCCCCUGCAAUUCAGUGAAGCCCAGUUAUUUCAGUCACAAUACAAAAAUGAGUUGCAUUCCUACCCUUUCUAAGCCAUUUACCAUUUUAAAAAUGUAACAUAAGAGGUGGUGUUGAAAAGGACCAAAGGACCUACUGAACUGCAUUGAUCUGCUGCAUCCCAUUUUUCCCAGUAUUAAGAAGGAAGAAAUAAAUUUAGCCACAAGACAGAUUGCCAAAUAGAUAGAAAAUUCAGUUGCUUUAGAAAUGCCUCCUAGAACCAUUUCUGGAGUUGCAUGGUUCAUGUCUUCUGUCUGGUUUCCUAUGAAAGACAACCAGGCUUCUCAUUUUUGCCAUUCUGGUAAGUGCAUUUCACACGUGCCAUCGCAAGUACAGUGGUAAAACCUGAGUGGGAGAUGUCACCCUACUGUCAAUGCCACACUUUACAACUUCUCUUCCCUUUAUGUCCAGAUUUAUUUUGUGCACUGUAUGAUAAUGUCACCAGGAAUGCUAGAAUGCACACCGGAUGCUAGAACCUAAGGAAAUCUGAGGAUUAGUGCUGCAAUCCUAUGCAAGAUUAGACAGGCAAAAGGACCCCUAACUCGUGGCUGAGGCAUGCUGGGAAUCACAGUCCUUUUUCUGUCUAAUCUUGAAUAAGAUUGAGGCUAAGUUUCCAAAACAUGCCUCUGCAUUUAAUCUGGAAUUUAGUCAUUUUCUAAAACAGCUUUUCCCUUUGUCAAGCGUUUUUGUUUUACAAAUCCAUAUUAUACAGGAAUUAUUUCAGCAUUUUAAUGUAGCCACAAAGACAGCCCUGCAAGCGCCUGCGGUUUUACUCCCAGAACUGCUUCCAUUGGAUAAGGCUGAUAGCACUGUUUCUAACACCACAUUCUGGCGGGUCUUUGUGAGGGAAGAACGAGGCUGCACUGCACUUCCGCCACUCAGUCACCAUCUUAGUAACAGGAAAGUUAUUUUAAAUAAAAUACCCUGCUCUGGCUUGCAUGCUGUGGUAAAAGGAACUGCUUAUUUCAAGUUUGUUCAGAACUAACAAAGCUAAUUCAGGCUGAGAAGCCUCUUGGAUUGGGACCAACAUGAAAGGGAGUUGUGCAUGGAGCAUGAAACGUCUGUUCAUGGAACAGGAGUUUUCCUUCCUGGUGCACAUGGCUGGGAAAGGGGUACAUGCAGUUAUAGGGAGAAGGGAAAUGUGAUGGAGUGCUUGCUAUCUGGAGCUCGUUCUUCUAUAGGGCUUCAUCUCCCUAACUUCCUUUCAGGAGGUCACAUUGAAUGGAGAGCCUGGAUCAGUCCCUCUUCCUCUCUUAGCCCUGAACUUAGCUUGGGCACAGAAAGUUAUAUCCAUAAGCAGUGUGUGGGCAUCCCAAAUGAAACUCAGCAUUGCUGUCAUCCUGUACACUAUUUAUAAGCUACAGCCCAUUGUGGUUUUUGAAGCUCCUGCUGAAUAAAAAGUAGCAGGGAAACAAGGUGUGCCAUCUCUUUACUGCAGCAAAUUUGAUGGGGAUACAGGUGGCGAUUUAGUUGCCCACACCUUAAAUAUACUCAUGCAUGUUCUAUCAAAUUCCCAGUAAAUGUAUCAGAAUUUCUAAUGGCCCUGAGCUUUCUGUAUCUAAUUUGAAAAUUUAGAUCCAAAAAGUUUUGCACAAGCAGAGUUUAAUGUUCUUCUUUAGCUGUCAUAUUAUGAAUGGCAAUUGGAACAACUAAUGGAUUUCUAAUGAAGCAGUCAGAUGAAGGAGACGACCGGCUGGGAGAGACUGGGGUGAAGAAACUCCCACCUUUUUAUGUCUUUUUGUGCAACAAAGGAAAAUGAACAGCUUACUGAUGAACUGCUAAAUCAACAUAGGGAGGGUUUAUUUAUAGAUUAACUGCGCAUUAAACUCAUCUGCUGUCGUAAUACAAAUUGUCCAGGACCAUCCGAGUGUCUUCAUGAGCAGCCUUUGAAGCUCUAACAGCACAAGCCUGCCAGUCAGUUUUCGAACCAAAGCAAUCUGACGAAAUACAACGCCUUCACUUCCAUCCAGGCUGCGUUUGACCCACUGGCUCCCUGCUUCAGCCACCUGUAAGGAAAAUUCCACCCCUCACAACAACUUGGUCCUUGGAAAUUGGCCUGAAGCUUCUUCCAUCUUUCCCAAAGCAGGUUCAUACCUUUUCCCCCCAUUAUUCUUCCUAGCUGUUCUGAGGGUUAAAAUGAACCAAUACCGCCGGUGAGAGUACAAGUUACAAAUGUUCCACUAAUGCAUUCACACUACCAGUUUGGCUGAAGUUAAAUUUUGCCAGGUGGUUACCUUAUUUAUAACACUGCAGAGUGAUCAGAGGAGUUCUCAGGGCAAGCUGUGAUGUCCUGCAGCCAGAUGUGGGCGAGGUUUCUGCAAUGCUUUUUCCUGCCAACGGGGGCAUGUGUGAGCAGCACCAAGAGGAGUCUUAGGCCAUUGUGUCCUCGCUACUCGCUGGAGCUAUCUGCAUAAGUGGUGGCAUCGUUCACGCAGAGCCCCCUGCCUUGUGGAAGCGCAUUGUGGAGGCGCAGUCCCCAUGUGGCUGCAGCAGCGUGUGAAGGAGGGGACUCAGAUCGAAAUGUAGAGUGCAUGAAUGAAGAUUAGGUGAUAGAGAAAGCACAGGAAUGCCACACAGAAUGGGCCAUACACCAUUUGGAUCUCAGUCCCCACCCUGUUUGUUUGUUAUCACUUGGACUGUGAAUUAUUAUUUAAUGUGUGUUUUAUUUAUUUUGCACAUGUUUGCAUUUCAGGUCUGUAACAAAAUUGGCUUAUUGUCAAUACAGAGCUUGUUUGCAAGCUGCCAAACAAACCUCUUGUAAUUUUGAUCAACUUGGUGCAUCAAAAAAGUAGAUCAUAAUUUCUAGUCCUGCUUUUUUCUUGAAUCUAUUUAAGUUGGAUGUAUUUUCCUUAGGAUAAUUAGAAGCAGGUUUACCAACAUCCAAUACUGAAGAUAAACAUGAUAGUGUUAAAACAUCCUGGACAAUAGAUAUAGCAUAUAAUUCUAGUAUUAGGUGUUUGUGUACAUGAGGUAUACAGUAAUUCAAGUUAAAGUUUCAUAUUCAAAAGUGUAUUUGUAAAAAGUAAGAAAAUUAAUAGUUUCCUUAUUACCUUUUUUUUUUAAUUCUGCAAAGAAUGAAAGUCAUGUGUUACUAGACUUAAUGGUGUUAUACCUGCAAGAUCAGGCCUAACAGCCUAUUUCUGUGGCUAGCAAAACAUCGUGCAAUAAUGUGAAAAUAUUAACCGAACCUGCUCUCUGAACAAGUGAUAUUAAAGUUUGUUUUGCUUAAAUAUGCCAAAAGUGUAAUAUUAGUUGAUACAUUUCAAAGGUUCCAUGGGUAUGGAGACCAUUUUGUGCCAUUCAAAAUAAAAGAGAUCUUCUCUGUUGCUUUAUCUAUUCUAACCCUAUCGUUAUCAUUAAAGAUCUUGUCAUUCAAUGAAACACCAUUCUCCUACAUUAUUUGGUGGAGGCAGACAUGGAUGCAAUUACAGCUUGUAGAAGAAACCUUUGAUUCCACAUGUCCCCCUUUUGGUCCCGCCCCUUCUAGGACUCCAGUGCUAGCAAUGCCACACUUCAGUGGGUGGCCUGUCUUGAGAGAAGAACCCCUCCGCCUACCUCCCCAGUGGUGGUUUGUUUACACAACUACCGUCUGGUGACCACUGGACCAGUCCCCCUUGUUGGUGCCCUGCAAGCCAGUCAGGUGCAGCCACUGGUUUGGUUUUACCUUACCUUGCAGCCAAAAGAGGCAAGAUUUUUCUCUGGUGAAUAUAUAAAUGUUUGUGUAAUUCCAUGUGGAUACAUACGUGCUCAAACCUUUUUGUCAUGCACACUCUGCAGGAUGUCUCAGGACCCACGUGCACAAGUGCUUUCUCCCCCCGCACUUGUGCACACCCUGCGUAUAGUGACAUAGGAUGCAGGCCCUGUUCGUAUGUCCAGUCCGUGGAAAGCGUUGUCCUCUAAGGUAUAAGAAUAAGGGUAUAAGAAAGGAUUACGUGUACACAUACAUGCAUCAUCAUCAUCAUCAUCAUCCCCUGCCUUUCUUCCUCUUGUAAGGAACUCAACACAGCUAACAAGAUCCUCCUCCUUUCCAUUUUACCCACAACAACAACCCUGUGAGGGAGGUAGUCACAGAGUCUGUGUCUGGUUCAAAGUCACCUAGUGAGCUUCAGGGUUGAGUGGGAACUAGAACCCAAAUCUGUCAAGUCCGGGUCCAUUACUCUAACCACUACACAACACUGUGCAGACAAGGGUGUACCUGCAUGCAUUAUCUGUGUGUGAACUGGCCUUUAUGUCUGCAUACAUGUGUACACUCAUAUGCACCCUUAGCACAUUCCACUUACUCUUUUCUGUUUACAAAUACUGCAGCCUCUUGAACCUUAGCAGACAUUUCCUCCUUCAUUAACUGGCAGAAGUGCCUAAUAAAAUAUUGACGUACUUCUAGGGAUCCAUAAGGAACCGGCCAUUCAAACUAAAGAUUUCACUGCUCAUAUUUAUUGUAUAUAUGCCUUAACUAAAUGACUUACACAACUUUGGCCACUGGUUUUAAUAGUACUCGAGACAGAUAUGAUUGGCUAAAAAGAAUGUGAUUCCAUUCUGUGGCCUGAAAUAUAUGUAGUUUCUUCUAGAAGAAACCGAUUGUUGAUGAUUGUCAUAUUUUGCAUAGUGUCAUCUAAAGUUAUUGUAGUUUCUUAUCACACCUGUUCUGUAAAUAUUCAUGAAAAGGUAUGCUUAGCAACCUGCUACGUGCACAUUAGAAAGGCGGUGGAAUCCAUCCAUCUUCUUGAAGAAUGAAUGCGCUGUAGCUUUAAUUGGCUACCACAUUGCUGGAUGUUGUGAAUGCAGUUUGUCCCUUCCGUAAGUGGCUCCUUUUCUUCCUCCCAGGUCUGGAAUCAUUUGGACUCAUAGACUGGGAUUUUAGCUACUUACAAAAUAUAAUCUGGCAAAAAUAGAGUUUAUUGUAUGAGAUAAUUUGUUGUGUGUGACUCAAAUACAACUGUAAAACUAUAAUUUUGUUUUCAUAAUAAAGAUUUUAAUAAG